AUGCCGGGAUACGCCAAAUUCAUGAAAGAGAUGGUUACAAGGAAAAUGAGCUUGAAGUAUGAAACGAUCGAGGUGACCCAUAGUUGCAGCGCAAUUAUGACAAAUAAGUCAAUCACUAAGAGAGAAGAUCCUGGGGCAUUCACAAUACCGUGCACAAUUCACAUGCUCCAACUCGCUAAAGCUUUAUGCGAUUUAGGAGAAAGCAUUAACUUGAUGCCCUAUGCAAUAUAUAAGCAACUUGGUUUGGGUGAACCAAAGGCAACCACAAUGAGAUUCCUUAUGGUUGAUCGAUCAAUCAAGCACCCCAUAAGGAUACUAUAUGACAUAUUGGUAAAAGUAGAUCGGUUCAUCUUUCUGGUCGAUUUUGUGAUUCUGGACUGCGAGAUCGAUGCUGAAAUCCCCAUUAUUUUGGGAAGGCCAUUCUUAGAUACCGGGAGAGCAUUGGUGGAUGUUGAAAGCUGGAAAUUGAAUUUUCGUAUGAAUGAUGAUGAGGUGACCUUCAAUAUCUGUAAAUUCAUGAAGCAACCAAGUAAUAUCCAUGUGGUGUCCACAAAGGAUCCUAUAGAUGAGGCAGUGGCAAGUGUGAGCCAUUUAAUGCGCAAGAAUGAACCCCUUGAAUCUGUACUUGCCAACUAUGAUGAAUCUGAAGUUCAAGGAUAUGAGGAAGUGGUAGGUGCCUUAUCAGGGUUAGAAGUAUAUUCAAGGAAUCCAAUCAAGUUGGAUAUUAACCUGAAAAAUAGGAAAAGUCCUCUUGCAAAGCCAUCAACAGACGAACCACCCAGUCUGGAGUUAAAAGCCCUACCCUAUCAUCUAAAGUAUGCCUUCCUAGGAGCCAAUAGUACUUUACCAGUGAUUAUCGCAGCUAAUUUGCUUGAAGGGCAGGUAAAAUUGCUCAUUGAAGUAUUGCAGAAGCAUAUAAAAGCUAUUGGAUGGACAAUAGCCAAUAUAGUAGGAAUUCCUCCUGGCAUAUGUACUCACAAGAUUUGGCUUGACAGUGAAUGUAAACCUAGUGUGGAGCAUCAGCAAAGAUUGAACCCUCCAAUGCAAUAG